AGCAAUUAAUUCGACCAGAAGCUAAUUCUAAGAAAUUCCAAUACGUUUCUGAAAAUGGAAUCCAAGAACACUGCUUCAUUUGCCCUUGUGCUCUCACUCGGCCUUCUCUGCUUUAGCCUCGUCAGUGCUACUAAUCCUACCCCUUACAUACCCGGUUCCAGACCUUCGACGUAUUAUUCUACAGGAACAUGUGAUGGAUUGAAGUUAGGAGUAUGUGCCAAUGUGCUUAACUUGGUUGAUGUUGUUGUUGGAUCCCCUCCAACGCUGCCAUGCUGCAGUCUCAUCCAAGGCCUUGUCGAUCUUGAGGCUGCACUUUGUCUAUGUACUGCUAUUAAAGCCAACAUUCUGGGAAUUAACUUAAAUGUCCCUAUUGCACUCAGCUUGGUUCUCAAUAACUGUGGCAAGAAAGUCCCAACUGGUUUUGAGUGUUACUAAGAUACCUACUUGGAAGGCCUUUGUCGAUAAAUGCAUGCUUUACUGAGUCUUCAACUUCAUUCUCCAGUAUUAUCUGUAUUCUAUUGUGUGUAAAAGAACAGUACUGUUUGUUUUAAAUUGAUGGCAUCUCAAAAUUGAUUAUUCUUUUGGUUAAA